AUGGAUAGCGCCUCGCCCACGAUGGAGCACCCCCGAGAUUCACCAUCAGUCCGGACACGCCUGAGUCGCCACGAGGCGCUGCUCGAGAGCUCGGACGACAAAUACAAGAAACUGGUGCUGCGCUACAAUGGGUUGCUCGAGGAUAAAAAAAGGCUUAUGGACUUGUGCCACAAGAAUGAUGCGUUGCUGGACGGUCUCUCAGCGAAAGUGAACGAGUUAGAAAGGCAACGGCAGGAACUCGUCGGAAUCUGCUUCUCUUUGAUCACGGAACAAGAAAAACUUUUGGCUGACAACGACAUCAUCGACCGACUGACGAGCGAGCUCAAGCGAAUCAAUGAGGAGCGUGGUCUCCUCGACGCUUCGAGGAAGUCGAACGACUUCUACGACGACUACAUGCGGCUUACAAGGGCGACGACGCUCCACGAACAGCGCGCCACGAUGUCAUCUACCGGCACCCCCAGCAUUAGUUCGUCCACGAAGAAGCCAAGCACCCUGCGCAAGAUGACAGACCGAACACAGCGCUCACGCUCGCGGUCACCGAAUGAACGCAGAGGCAUCACCUCCGUUUUUAGCCCGCAAACCAAGCAGUCUGUAAUAGAAUGGGUUCGCGGUGCCUACAACAAUGAAGCGUACCAGGAAUUGGGCUUCCUUCAUGUGGCGAUGAUCUACAUUAGUUUUGCGGUGAUGAUAAUGUUCGCGCAUUUUUCGGUGUUUUUUCGCAAGCACAAAUUGAUCGACGCGAAGGAGAUGCUCAUGGCAAAGGAGAGACCCGAGCAAGAGGAUUUCACCCCACUCGAGAACGGAUUUGAUCAAAUGCUUGUCAACGAUGUUUACCGAAAGUCGACCGAUAUUAUUAAUCGGCCAAUUGUCGGCGUUCCGGGCGCGUUGGUACGCUUGAAGGAUCGAAUUACGAAAAAUUUUGGCUGGACUUACGAAUAUACGGGCACCGAAACCGAGGUGAUCAACAUGGGCUCCUACAAUUACCUCGGCUUUGCGCAUAACGACGGGCCUUGUGCCGAAGCCGCAGCCGAAUAUAUUGACAACUUCGGCCUUCACGUUGGUGCACCAAGGGACGAAGCUGUAGUGAUGCAAGCGCAACGCGACCUCGAAGAAUGUGUGGCCAACUAUUUGGGCGUGGAAGACGCCAUUUGCUUCCCGAUGGGUUUUGUGACGAAUUCUAUGAAUAUUGCUGCCCUUGUUAACAAGAAUUCACUGGUCCUCUCCGACCAGCUGAACCAUGCUUCCCUCGUGCUUGGCUGUCGUAUGUCGGGCGCGACUGUUGUCGUCUUCAAGCACAACAAUGCGCACGACUGCGGAGAAAAACUAAGAGACGCCAUCUGUCAGCCGAACCCAAGGACCGGAAAGAAGUUUAAAAAGAUUAUGAUCGUUUGUGAGGGCAUUUAUUCAAUGGAGGGUACGAUUCUCGAUCUGCCUGCAUUCAUCGCCGUCAAGAAGAAAUACCGGGCUUACCUCUUCCUGGACGAGGCGCAUUCCGUUGGUGCUCUGGGACCUACGGGCAGAGGUAUCGUCGAAUACUGGGGAGCCGACCCCAAGGACGUGGAUUUGAUGAUGGGCACGCUGACGAAAAGCUUUGCUGCGGCUGGCGGAUACAUUGGCGGCAAAAAGGAGACCAUUGCCCAUUUACGCAUCCAUUCUGCCGGCUCUUGCUAUGGAUCGCCGAUGUCACCCCCGAUCAUCGCGCAAGUCUUGAGCAGCAUGAAGAUCAUGCUUGGAGAGGACGGUACCGACAUUGGACAGAAGAAAGUCGUCGCCUUGCGCCGCAAUUCGCGCUAUUUCCGCGCAAAACUGAAGGCACUCGGAUUUCUGGUCUACGGCCACGAUGAUAGCCCUGUGGUACCACUGAUGACUUUCCAUACGACAAAAGUUGUGUACUGGGGCCGUGAGACGUUGCGCUACGGUAUCGGUGCUGUCCAGGUGGGCUACCCGGCAACGGCUCUCACGAAAGCGCGCGUCCGCUUCUGCAUCUCGGCCGACCAUACAAAGGAGCAACUGGAUUAUGUGCUAGCGAUCUGCGACAAGAUCGGCGACCUUAGCAACACGAAGUACGCCUUCGAUCCUUCGAAAAACUUUGACAGCAUCGAAUAC